AAACGGCGCUUCUCACUGCGUACGAAUCGGAGGGCGCUUGUGGCCUUUUUGUCGGGUGUGAGGGUCAGGUGGGGGCUGCUCGGAGAUUGAACCCGGAAGCGAAGGCGCCUGUGGUAGCGUCAGGCGGUGCCGUGGUUCGGUUCGGGAGCGCGUCUGAGGCGGGAACGCGAGAGGCUUGGAGAAAAGAAGAUAUGUUCAACUUUUUCCGAAAAAGCCAGGACUCUAAGAAGGUGCCAUUACCAGAAAUAGAAGCAGAUGGAUUUGUUCUUGUGGGUGAUACAAUUAAUGAACAGAGAAGAGCAUCUAAAGAUAAAAAUUCAUUUCCUGAGACAGGACCUACAUACAAUCAACCUGUUCAGCCAAAUACAGAAAAACGUUCACAUUUGACUGUAGUGGGUGCUGAGGAGGGAAAUGAGACAAGUCAACAUUUGGAAAACAAUCAUUUCAUGUCAGAGCUCCUCAAUGAUGUACCCUUCACCCUAGCAGCCCAUGUGCUAGCAGUACAGGACACCUCUAAUGGCCUUCCAGACCAGCUGCUCUCCUACAACAUCAAUGAUAAUUUAUCAAGAUUUUGGUAUGAUUUUACACUUGAAAAUUCAGUGCUUUGUGAUUUGUAAUAUGUCUUUAUCUUUCUGUCCCUUUGAAUGUGCACCUUGACAACUUGAAGAUAAUUACACAAAUAUUUUGUUUUGUAACUUAACUGCUUAAAUGUUUUUGUGGUAUGCCAUCUAUAUAACACGUGCAUAAAAACUAAAAUAAUUAAGGAAUAAAACACAGUAUGAGAUUUUAACAUAUCGUCUUACAUUACACGUAAGUAACUAAUCUGAAAUGCUGAAUUUGUUCUUAAAAUAGUCAAGCAGAACUAUUAGUUUUGCUUAAUCCUGUGUAAGAGAUCCAUCUGUUAAUACAUUAAUUGGUGACUGUCAAUAAGUGGACUGUAAAUGCACACAUUUCAUUAUUCUUACCUCUGAUGUCAUGGACUUAUGCAGCAUUUGAUAUUUUACUCUGAUGCCACAAAUGCAAAGCCUGUUGUGCAUAUUUCUUUUUAGACUAUCUUUGCUUUUUCCAGGAAUGGAAAUGUAUGCUGAUUGUAAAUAAAAUCAUGCUAUUUUGCAUUAUAAUAGGCAACCGAUGCUCCAGUCUCAAAUGCCACUUUUUAAACUUCUGAAGAAAGUUUACAGGUUUAACUUUGUUAGUAUGAUUGAGUAGAUUUUACCACACUCAAAAAUGCAAAGCUAGUCAGCUUCUCCUUUUUCCAGUAGACCUUGCUGUUCAUCUUACCAUGUCACUUCGGGGUCGGUCUGUCUCUCUCUCUCUCUCUCUCUCUCUCUUUCUCUCUCUCAAGAGUUUUUUCUCUAACUGCCCUGCAUUUGCUGUUUUUUCUCAUUGCCACAUGUGUUCCUAGUUUAUGCCUUGAUCAGUUUUUCCUUUUUAACCUUAUGUGCCCCCAAAGAAAGAAAUCUCAGGAUAUGUACUUUUAAUGGUCAUACCCUUGUUUUUUUAAUUGUGGCCCAAAGAUACAGAUGGCAGUGUUUAAAUACUACAAAACAUUAUAUUGUUCCAUACCUAAACAUUCAUUUCAAGCCUUUUAUAUGCAUAUUUUAUUAUAGCUAAAACCUAACUAAAUUGCUGUUGCCCAAUGAAUUGCUCACUGAAGUCUUUUGUGAUGUGUGUGAAUAAUUUUCUGUGCCAUAUGCAAGAUAAAAUUUGUUUUGACUAUCAGUAAAAAGUAUACAUACUGUGCCAACUGUAAGUGGGUAUUUUCAUAAGAAAUAUGUGACAUAGGAUAUUUAAAAACAUACAUACAGAUUUUCAAAUGUAUGUGCUUUUAAGAUGUUUGGGAUAAUAAAUACCACAAAUGAUAGAGAAGCUAUGUUGUAAUUACAUUUUGAUUUGUUAAAAUGAUCCUGUUUUCUCAGAUUUUUUUCUGGAAAACCUAUACAUUUCAUUAGUUUGUUUGCAGUCUAUAUCUGUUAAGUUUAUAAAUAUGCUUUGAGCUACCUGUUUUCAGGGAAAGUAUCCAUAUUGCACUUAAAUAAAAGCUGUGAUUACAUAAUA